CCUACUGCAGGCUUAUGCUUCCCGUGGACGUUUCGGGGGGGGGGACACAUGAUUGUAUUUUAAUUUCCGCAGUGUUGUGCAUAAUCUCCGAAGAGCCCUUCUGCCGGCACAGCCUCCCCUCCGCUGCUUGUGUGGAUGGUUUACUGCAGAUUUGAUGGUGCUGAGCAGGCUCGUCUGAUCGAAGGUUUGCGGCCAGGGGGGCGUCUGUGGGGCCGCGGAGAGAGACAUCUCCGUCCACGGCUGCGUCUGUCCUCUGCCCUGUGCUUGUGAAUGGACUGCACUCCCUGCGUGCUUUUCUACAGUUGCUCUGAGUCAUUUGUGGAAGAAGAUGGCGGACAGGGCUGAGAUGUUUUCCCUAUCCACUUUCCAUUCCCUCUCUCCUCCUGGUUGCAGGCCAGCCCACGACAUCAGCUUGGAGGAGUUUGAUGAUGAAGAUCUCUCUGAAAUCACAGAUGACUGUGGGAUUGGACUAAACUAUGACUCUGAUCCGUAUGAGAAGGACUCCCUCAUUCUGGAGAAGAGUGACAUGUACCACCCAAUAUGCUCCUUCCAAGACGACUUCCAAGAGUUUGAGAUGAUUGAUGACGAGGAUGACGAUGAUGAAGAGGAAGAAGAUGUUGACCCUGAUGCACCCCCGUCCCCCUCUGCCUCCCCUCCUCUCUCCCCUACUCUUGGCACACUGAAGAGCAGACCCACCACUCUCAACCUCACCACUGCUGUGUCACAGGAUUCUCUUAACAAUAACAGCAGUCUGUCCCCAAAGAAAGGAAGCUGGCAGGACUCUUUACGCAAGACCUCACAGGGUCGUCUGUCUCCCACCCACUCGUGUCUGGAGGAUGGUAGCCAUGUGACAGGCCAGUGCCCGGCCUCUCCAGUUUCCCAGGCACCAGGGUCUCAGAGCAAAGGUAUUCCACCAAAACAGGGAGGGGAGGGCGGGAACCCCCAAUCCCCUCACAGGCCCCUCCUCUGCGACAUGGAGGGCAACAGGCGGGAAAGGCCCGAAUACGGAUCAUUUGGUCAACACAAGACCCACCCUUGCUCUGGUGACAACACCCAGCCAAAGGCAGACCCUUCAAUUCAGACAACCAGAGUACCUUCUGUAGACGAGCAAUCCCAGUGUUCCGACACAGAGGUAGACCACGACCUCAACAGUGACCACAACCACAAACACUCAAACCGACGUGCCACCGACACUUACACGAUCACCAGUGAGUCAGGUGUGGAGCCUGAGAAUGACUUAGACCUCGAUGGAACCAGUCGUUGCGUGUCAUCCACUGCACCUAUGGGAGCCAACGACGGUACAGAUACACCCUUGUCCGAUGAGGAGCUGGAGAAAGAUUUCGAGGUGGAGUUCAUGUGUAAGGAGACAUACGACAUGGUGUGUAAGGAGAAUCGGUCGUCUUAUGUGGAAUUCCCCUCCAUUGAACCCGCCUCCUUCUCUAGCUACGUGUCCUCCAGCCGCUCAGAUGCUCUUGGCCAUUCCAACAGUUCAGAUGCAGCAGUUUCUGCCAUGGAGGCAGCAGCUAAUGACUCAACCUCUCCAUCCUCAGACCCAGGAAUAGCAGAUAUGAACCAGCAGGGGUACAUGACUUCAGACCAGGAUAAGGACCUCAGCUCUCCAGGCUCUGACUCUGACAUUGAAAGGGAGCUGGAGGCAGCGUUUGCAUGUGGAGGCCCUGUGGUUUCCAACAUGAUCUCCUCUAUCUCAGAGACGGAGCUGGAUCUGACCAGUGAUGACAGCAGCAGUGGACGCUCAUCUCAUCUCACCAACUCCAUUGAGGAGGCCAGCACGCCUACAUCAGACCAGGAACUGGACUUGGAGACAGAGUUAGAGCAGGACAGUGGCAUUGUGGGACUCAAAGUAUCUCUACUGCUAGGCCAACCUGAGCCAAUCAAAGAAGGGUCUACUCUUCCCUCUCCUUCGCCUUUACCCUCACCUACUAUUGCAACACCAUCUCCUGUUGACUCGCCCAUUUUACCUCCGGAGUCCUACGACGAUGGCCAAGCUCUGAUGGGGCUACAGAAUGUGGACGAUGAGCUGUCCUUUGAGCACCAGGCCGACCCAGAUGAGACUCUGCCUCCGGCCCAACGAUGUGAGGACAGCCUGUCCAGGCAGAUGGUGCUGCAGAUAGAACCAGACCACAGUCUGGAGAGCUUCAAACGCUCCUUCUACCUGCCAGUGGGACCCAGACAAAUGCCCAAUACAGAUGAAUAUGAUGGAACCAGUGAGGGAGACUCCGAAUCAGAAAGUGAAGAUGACCUGAGUGAGAACUCAGACUCACCGUGGCUGCUCAGCAACCUGGUCAACAGGAUGAUCUCGGAGGGCUCGUACCCAAUCAGCUGUCCUGAGGACUGCUUCAAGAGGAAAGUGUCUGUGUCAGACACCAUCUCACCAUCCUCAGACAUUGGAGAGGGAGAUGGUUUCAAUGGUGAGGACCACGGCAAGAAAUCAGAGUUGGAGGGAUCGGAAGAAGAACAGAUGGAAGGUGAGGGGUACAGAAAGGAUAUGAUGGAGGCAGGGGAAAAGAGGAAGAGCAUGGAGUCUUCAAAAGAAGGAACAGUCAUAAGUCCCUGUUUGUAUAUCAACAACCCUACUGGUGACACCAUAACCCCAUUGACCUUGGAGCACUGUGUAAACAAUGGGAGCAAAACUACAGAUUUAAAUUCCAAGUAUACCACCAAAGACUCUGAGAAGAACUUUACACACAAACUGUCUAAGAACGCCAGGAGACAAGAGGAAGACGAAGAGCCUGAUAAUGACUUGAUGAUGCUGGAGGGUAGGAAGGAUCUGGACUCACCGAGCCUCAGUGAGAGUGUGGCCAGCGACAAGGACGAAGGACGAGAGACGGAGCCCAGGUCAAAGAGUCGUUCCUCAGCCUCUCUUGAGCGUAUCACCGAGGUUAAACACAGCCUGACACUGGACAUACCCACUGCCCAGACUAACCGUUGCUUUAGCCUCACCUACUCCACAGACAAUGACGAAGAGGAAGAUGACGGAGACUCUUUCCUGGGUGGCUUGGGAAAGCAGUCCUACCGGGGUAGUGACUUAGAGCUUGACAGUUCACCACCUAUUGAUUCCAGUGUGCAAGACCGUCCCUUACCUGACCAUGACCGCCCACUGCGUGAGAAAGAUCUGGCUCGGAGGGAACAGAAUGAAGAUGAUGGACUGGCCUAUGACUCCAUGAAGUACACACUAGUGGUGGAUGAGAAUACUACACUGGAACUAAUCAGCCUAAGAAGGUGCACCUCCGUUCUGAGUGAUGACAGUGAGCUGUCCACACUGUGUGACGAGGAGCCUUUGGGGACAGGAGAAAUGUGUUUUGGUCGAGAUGAUGAUGAGGUGAGGCCAGAACUUCUCAGUUCUUCUGAAGAUUCCUCUCCUGAGGCUGACCUCCCAUUCUCCAAGAAGUUCCUCAACGUGUUUGUCAACGGCACCUCCCGCUCCUCCAGCACAGAGUCCUUUGGACUGUUCUCCUGUACCAUCAAUGGAGAGGAGAAGGACCAGACACACAGGGCAGUCUACAGGUUCAUUCCCAGACAUGCAGAUGAGGUGGAGCUGGAUGUGGAUGAUCCUUUAUAUGUAGAGGAAGAAGAGGAGGACUAUUGGUACCGAGGCUACAACAUGCGGACGGGGGAGAAGGGCAUAUUUCCUGCCUUCUAUGCCCAUGAGGUCAUAGGCCAGUCUAAGGAGCUGUUGGGAAUGAAACGAAAUCCGGCAUGGAUUGAGACUUUCAACGUUCAGUUUUUGGGGUCUGUUGAGGUUCCUUAUCACCAAGGGAACGGCAUUCUCUGUGCCGCAAUGCAAAAGAUUGCAAUAUCGAGGAAACGGACAGUACAUGUGCGACCUCCUUCUCUGUGCGAGCUGGAGAUUAGCUUGCAAGGAGUGAAACUGAUCAUGAGCCUGGAGGACGAAUAUGACGCCCUUGAUGAGUAUGACAGAUGUAGUCACUUCUUCCAGAUGAAAAACAUUUCCUUCUGUGGAUGCCAUCCGAGGAACAACUGCUACUUUGGCUUCAUCACUAAGCACCCGAUGGUCAACAAAUUUGCUUGCCACGUGUUUGUGUCCCAGGAGUCCAUGCGACCUGUAGCAGAGUGUGUUGGACGAGCCUUCCAGGAGUACUACCAGGAACAUCUGGAGUACGCCUGCCCCACCGAGGACAUCUAUCUGGAGUAAGAAGUGUUACCAUGACGACCACCUUCUUGCUCCGCCGCUUGUGUAUGUUCAUCAGGUUUGGCACCCGAGGGCGCUGUCAGUGGGGUCUUCUCUCCAUUGUAAAAUACUCUUCUGUGUCCCUCUGAAACUGGGCUCUUAAUUUCUACAGUAUGCUAGGCAUUUUACUGAUUUCCUUCUUCCCUCUGUCUUUGUUUAUUUCCAUCACCGAGAUGAAUGGAUUGCCUGUUCCUUUAAACUUUUUCUAUGAUACAAAACUAAGAUGCCGAGCACCUGUUUAUGUAAGGGUUCCUCUUUUGAAAUGAAAACAAUAUACCUACUACUGCUGUUUCACUCUGCAUGGCUAGUAGGGUUACUGCACAGACACACUAGGAAAUAGACAUAUCCAUGAGAAUGGAAAGCAGCUCAACAAUCAAUACAGGAAUGGUGUAGAAUCAAGAGGUUGGUGUUUGAUUAAUUGUAAAUAUGUAUUUGUUCAAUAUUGACAAACUGCUGAUUUGAUUUAUACCGAUAGUGACAUUGGAGCAAAGUAGAGUGCAGUGAACUGUCCUUGGUCCGAGCUUACCCUUCUGUCGCGUACAAGACGCAGUGUGUGUUGUAAAUACGUGUAUAGAAAGUAGACAUACAGGCCUCAUCCAGACUAAUUAAGAAACACUGACAGCUGAGACUGAUAGAGGGGAUUUUGUUUUGUUGUGGGUAUUAUUUACUCAAGCUGACAGAAGUAACUGCAGGUGGAAGAGAUUUCGAAGUAAUGACUUGUAAUGAACUUUGAAUGUCAUUUGCCACGCAGAUAUUCUAUUCAGCUUGGAUUAGGGUGGAGUAAGUGUCAGCACAUCUGGAUGAUAUGACCAUUUUAUUUUUGUCCAGUCCUAAAUGUUGCACUGCUUGCUGACCUUCAUACUGGGGAGCUUUCAGAGGAAAUUAUUUAACUGUUCAAUUUAGCAAAUCAUGGAUCCCUGUAUGCUUUGCUAUGAUUGAUGUAAGUUUCAGGUCAAAGCAAAGGCCCUCUGAAAAGCCAUAUUCUUACACCUCCGACUGUUUAACUCUGGUUGUCAGUGACGUCCUGGUCUCUAAUUUUCUUUUGACUUGAGUUUCAAUGAGGGAAAAGGAUCGACUUACCGGUAGCCACGUGUCAGUAAUGCUGUUUUGCAGUGUGCCUAUUGUACAGGGAGAGCAUCCUGCUAAUACCUGGUCCUGGUAUCAAAAUGUAACCAACCCUUUAAUAAAGCAUCAAAAAGGGAGGUUUUAUAGUUAUGUAAAUGGUUAGACUUUGAUCUUGUUUUCUUUUAAGUAUGAUGGAUAAAAGGGAUGGGAACAUGUUCCCAGGUUCAUUUAUUGCUCUUCGUCUAUUUAAAAGGUUGAAGUAUCAUUCACGAUAACCUACUCUGGGGUUGUUGUAGCCUACCAUAGCUUACAGUUAGCACCUUAUAUACAGAAGGGGAGGGGUUAUGUUUAAUCAUGAAUGCACUCACGACAGUCAUUUGAAAUAUCAGGCUUUACCACCCCGACCAUCCCCAUUGUUCAUUCAGACACUGUUUUGCAUCUUGUUCUGCUGCUUUCAGUCAUCGUCCAUGAGAACAAGCACCUCGGUUCACUGUUGACAUGGCUGGAGGGAAGUAGGGUGUUAUUUACAUAUGUAUCGCUGUCAGUUAGAUCAUGUAUAUAUACUAGCGAAUCUGAGAGUGUUGUGUCCUUUAUGUUGAGUACGUUAUUAAAUUAUUAUGUACAUUCAUUUGAAAAAUAAAUGUAAAAAAGAAAGAUCACAAGACAAAAAACCCUGAAAGAAAAGAAAAACAUAAAUAUCUGAUCUGCAAUAAUUUAAUUUCAGUGUCUUAUGUUUUAGAUGUUAACUCAGAAUCUGGGAAACAGGUGUAAUUUGGAUUAUUGCCUGCCAACUUCAUAAUUCUCUGCAGAUAGGCUUUAGCAGCACAUUUAGGGCACGUUUGUGAGAUGUGACAUCAUAAGUGUGACAUACACCCACCAGACGACUGACCUGGUUAGAGAUGAGUAGUGACCGAGUCAGCUGCCACUUGAAAACUGUUAUUGCGUAUUGCCGAUUAUAGUAAUCACCUUUAAGCUCCUCUUACAGAUCUGUGUCUAUUUGCUUCUGAUUAUGUUUUUCUAUCUCAUCACAGCCCAGUUAAACACCUUCUUUCCACACAGCUAAACAAAAACAACCUCUGAGGAUGAUCUAGUCCCAUAUAGCCGCUCAGACAUGCAUUAACAGUUAAACCAAACUUUUGACUUCAAUACAUUAACAAGAUGCUUCACUGUAUACCUAGAGCAAACAUUAUGUGACAGAACAAACAUAUCCUAUCUUGUAUCUUUAAAAACAAGGACUUGUAAAAUUAAUAAAAAUUCCAGGGAAACAUGCAGAAAAAAAUGACAAAAGAAUCAUUCUGCCU